AUGAAUGCCAAAAUCGCCUUCCUACUACUCGCCGCCUCCCUGUGCUAUGCCCGCCCGGCAGACCCCGCCGUGGCCGACUCCUAUUUGACCGAGAAGCUACAGCCCUAUAUGCCCGAUGCGCUUGCGCUUCACAGCUACGCCGCCAGCCAUCCGACCGAGUUCACUGAGAACGAUCGCCCCGAGCCUAAUGUUGAGUACUACGCCAACAGCGCCUCCUGGGUCAAACUAGACAAGACUGAAUUUAACUCAUAUAUUGACCGCCUUAAACGGAAACACCACCUAGCGGGCGAGAACCUAGAGCUUGAUGAUGACAAGCUAUUCCUCCGUGUCGAGGAUACUAACCUUUUUGAUGGCUUGUUCUGA